GGGGAAUGGGAUGUCCCUAUUUUUCCAGGGCACUUGUGGGGUAUGGGAUCAGGGGUUCAAGUUGGUUUGGGCCUAGUGGCAGGAAUACUGCCUGCCACAAAAUACCUUUGAGUCCAAGCCAAGCCCUUUCCCAACACUGUAGGAGCUAAAUGGCAGAGACGGCAAGAUGCCUCACUAUCCUGCUUAUUUGAAGUCUAUCCACAUUUCACUUGGCUUGCUAUGCCGAAGCAGCUAUGGCUUAUCACCCUUCCAAUCUGACCUGACAGCUUUGAUUUGAAAUGAGUGGGAAUAGCCUCAUAGUUUCUGAGGGGAUGAACGGCCAGCAAUGAAGCUGUCAUACAAUGUGUACAGAGAAUGCUUUGCAAACGGGAGCUGGGCAAUCCGUGUGAAUUACUCCCAGUGUCAGGAGAUCCUCACCGAGGAGAAGAGAAGCAAGUUGCACUACCAUGUUGCUGUCAUCAUCAACUACCUUGGGCACUGCAUUUCCCUGGCAGCACUGAUAGCUGCUUUCGUCCUCUUCAUGCGCCUGAGGAGCAUCCGGUGCCUACGAAACAUUAUCCACUGGAACUUGAUCACUGCCUUCAUUUUGCGGAACGCCACGUGGUUUGUGGUCCAGCUCACCAUGAAUCCAGAAGUCCAUGAAAGCAACGUGCCCUGGUGCCGCCUCGUCACAGCUGCCUACAACUACUUCCACGUCACCAAUUUCUUCUGGAUGUUUGGCGAGGGCUGCUACCUUCACACGGCCAUCGUCCUCACCUAUUCGACAGACAAGCUGAGGAAAUGGAUGUUCAUCUGCAUCGGCUGGUGCAUCCCUUUCCCCAUCAUCAUCGCUUGGGCCAUUGGGAAACUCUACUAUGACAAUGAGAAGUGCUGGUUUGGAAAACGAGCAGGGAUUUAUACUGACUACAUCUACCAAGGUCCCAUGAUACUGGUGCUGUUGAUCAACUUUAUCUUUUUAUUCAACAUUGUCAGAAUCCUGAUGACGAAGCUUCGGGCCUCGACCACCUCAGAGACAAUACAGUACAGAAAAGCUGUGAAGGCUACCCUUGUGCUCCUUCCUUUGCUGGGCAUUACCUACAUGCUUUUCUUCGUCAACCCCGGUGAAGAUGAAAUAUCCCGGGUAGUCUUCAUCUACUUCAACUCUGUCUUGGAGUCCUUCCAGGGCUUUUUUGUCUCUGUCUUCUACUGCUUCCUGAACAGUGAGGUUCGCUCUGCAGUCCGGAAGAGAUGGCACCGGUGGCAGGACAAGCACUCCAUCCGAGCCAGAGUCGCCAGGGCUAUGUCCAUCCCCACCUCCCCAACGCGCGUCAGCUUCCAUAGCAUCAAGCAGUCGACGGCUCUCUGAGGCUGCUGCUCUAAACCGUGGGGCCAAUACCUUUUGCUGAAGUUGUGGGACAGGACAGGACAGGACA